AUGAAGCCUUCUGUCAUCUCCCUCUGUCUCGCAGCGGCGGCAAACGCCCUGCUUGAGACUCGCCACGCCCGCGAUCUCAGCGGCGGCCAGGCCAAGAACACCCUCUCCCGCCGCACCAACAAUAACAGCACGGGGAGCGGAUCGACCUGCCCAGCGCCCAAGAAUGAGCGCACCAAGGCAGCCAAGGCGAACCCCUUCCAGGCUCUGAGCCAGGAGGAGGUCGACAGCGUGCUGCGCUGGGUGUCAAACCCGGCCCUCGGCCUGAACCUCACCAGCCCCACGGCCCAGAACCUCUCGCAGACGGACAACUAUGUCUGGCACGUCGAGGUUCUCAAGCCCAACAAGACCGACGUGCUGGCGUACCUCGACGGCGGCGCCCCGUCUGUGCCUCGCCACGCCCGUGUCGUCAUCAACGAGGGCGGAAGGGAUGUGCCGCGCGUCGCCGAGUACUACGUCGGCCCUCUGCCGGUCGACAACACCACCACCACCACCAAAAUCCAGCCGCUGGACUUCAAGUACAACGGCGCCAAUGGUGGCAGCAUCCUCUUCAACGGACGCUUUGUCGACACUCCCCGCAGGAAUGCCGUCGAGCCGUUCGUGGCCAAGUUCAUGUCCGAGAUUGCCGACAUCACCAACGACCUCGUCGACUUUGCCUACUACGGCAGCAAUGACAACCGCACCACGGCCGAGACCUUCUUGGGCAACCCCUCCUCGACCGACGGGACGACCGGGAUCCUGUGGCUGCCGUUCCGCCGCAAGGGACUCGCCUCGUACGACAAGCCUUCCAACCUGUACGUCAGCAUCGACAUCAGCGGCACGGACCCGAGCCUCUACAAGAUGCGGAUGAUCGUGUACGACCUGGUCAUCUACAAGUCCAUCGAGGAGUUCCGCGAGGCCUGGACGGCCGGCAAGAUCAAGAAGACGCCGGCGCCUCCGGCCGACGAGAGCUUCCUGCGCAAGGACCGGGUCGGCGCCAGGCGCAAGCUCGAGGAGCGCAUGGCGCCCACCGUCGUCGAGCCCGAGGGCAAGCGGUACGCCGUCGACACGGAGAACCGCUACGUCGAGUACCUGGGCUGGAGCUUCUACACGCGCUUCGACCGCGACGUGGGCGUGCAGUUCUACGACAUCAGGUUCAAGGGCGAGCGCAUCAUGUACGAGCUCUCGCUCCAGGACGCCAUCGCGCAGUACGCGGGCAACAACCCGUUCCAGGCCGGCACGGCCUACAUGGACCGCUACUACGGCAUCGGCGCGCAGGUCGGUCGCCUGAUCCCCGGCUACGACUGCCCCUACCACGCCACGUACUGGGACAGCGACUUCACGUCGGGCACCGCCGCGACCAGGACCAACAACUCGCUCUGCAUCUUCGAGACCGACAUCGGCACGCCCAUCACGCGCCACACCGACCCGGGCGUCUACAUGCAGUCGACCAAGGGCUCCAAGCUGGUCGUCCGCCAGAUCGCCACGGUCGGCAACUACGACUACCUCUUCGACUACGCCUUCUGGGUCGACGGCACCAUCGGCGUCGACGCCCACGCUUCCGGCUACGUCCAGGCCAACUACUACCGGCCCGAGGACGAGGGCAAGUGGGGCCCGCGCAUCCACGACACCAUCACCGGCACGCUGCACACGCACGUCAUGAACUACAAGGCCGACUUCGACCUGGGCGGCGCCGCCAACACGCUGGUGCGCACCGACAUCGUGGUCGAGAACAUCACGCAGCCGUGGUUCCCCGAGCGCGGCCAGUUCGAGAUGAUGCGCUACAACAUCUCCGAGGUGCCGUCGGAGAAGCAGGCGCUGCUGCCGCUGCCCGCCAACGGCCAGAGCAUGUACACCAUCGUCAACAAGGACAAGAAGAACAGGUGGGGCGAGGACCGCGGCUACCGCAUCGUGCCGGGCCUGAGCAACAUCCACCUCGCGUCGCAGCGCUCGCCCUUCUUCCUCAAGUCGGCCCAGUUCGCCAAGCAGUUCCUGGGCGUGUCGCGCCAAAAGGACACCGAGCCCGACGCCUCGGCCGCCCUGAACCAGAACGUGCCCGAGGCGCCCCUCGUCGAGUUCUGGCGCUUCUUCGACGACGACGAGAGCCUGGUCCAGCAGGACCUGGUCGCCUGGGUCAACCUCGGCAUGCACCACUACACCCGCUCCGAGGACAUGCCCAACACCCUCAUGUCCGAGGCCCACUCGAGCGUCACCUUUGCGCCCCAGAACUGGGGCGACACCGAGCUGACCACCGACCUGGCCAACGCCAUCAUCUACAACGCCAAGGCCGGUGUCGACCGCGUCGUUCCCGAGACCAACGGCGUCUCCAUCCCCGACUGCUUCCCUCUGUCGGCCCAGGACGAGCUUCUCGGCGUUUUUGAGAACACUGGCAUCGUCCCGGACCUCAUCGGCAAAGUCUCACUCUUCAUCCCCGAACUGCCAGGCUAUGGGAUCAGCACGCCGUCGAGCAGCCAAACCAAGCUUGACGUCGGCCGCGUGCUGCUCGAGUCCCUGCGCGCGGCGUUCGCCAUCGACGGCACCACCACCAGCCGCGGCCUGAUCCUGGGCGGACACGACCGCGGGGCGCGCGUCGCGCACCGCCUCGCCGUGUCCCAGGACGCCCUCCUCCCCGCCGGCGGGGGCCUGACGCUCCUGGGCGUCGUGCUGCUCGACAUCGUCCCGACCAAGGUGCAGUGGGAGUCGUUUGCCGACCCGGCCGUGUCGCGCGGCUACUUCCACUGGCCGCUGCUCGCCAACGUCGCGCUCGCCGUGCCCAUCCUGCAGGCGUACGGGGGUGCGCGCUGGUGCAGGGGCUCGCACGCCCUGAUCGCCGGCUCCAACGAGGCCGGUAGGGCGAGGAUCGCGGCCGAUGGGGCCAUCGACGUGCAUGCCGGGCUCUUCGAGAGCGAGGAGGUGCUGCGCGCGACCUGUGAGGACUACGCGGCUGGGUCGAACGAGGACGUCGUCGAGCAGGUCCAGGAUCAAAAGGCGGGCCGUAAGAUUGCCGUGCCGACCUUAGUCAUGUUCUCGGCGGAGAAGCUAGGCGCCAGGUUGGAUGUGGCUGGCAUCUGGAGAGAUUGGAUCGCCGAAGGCGUGGAUUAUACCCCCGUGGCUGUCGGAGAUGGGUAUGGGCAUUAUCUGCCUGAAGAGGCCAGUGAUGUUGUCGCGCAGAAGAUCAACGAGUUCCUGGAGAAGUUCUGA